UUAAAAAUAGAAAAAUAAAUAAUGUUAUCAUUCACAAGUGUACCAUGAAAUUUGAUGAAAUCAUCAAAUUUAUUAUGAGAAAUUGUGAGAUAAGAUUAGACAAGAUACCUGGAUAAUAUUGAUUUUUAAAAAUAACUUGAAACUUUUAUUUUUCGAGUUAUUUUUCUAAAAAAAAAAAUGUUGAAAUUUGACAUAAUACAUAUCUUAUCAUAGAACGCGGAUGUGUGAUAUGAAAAAAAUAAAUGUUAAAUUAAAAAAAAAAAUACAAAAAAAAAAAACGAGAAGAAGAAGUUGUCUACUUUUUCGAUAAAUCGAUUAUCUCGUAGCCAACUUCAGACAAGCCAAUGUUUUUCUGUCAAACAAAACCGGACAACAAUAGCCAUUCUUUUAAAAAAAAAAAAUAAAUAAUAAAAACAAAAUAAACAAUAUAAACUUGGCUCUAAAAUAAAACAUAAUGGAUAUAUCAGCAUUUUCAGAUGAUGAUUUUGACGUCAAGAAGUGGAUAAACAUGAAAUUCAAAUCCACUGAAGCACAGGGUGAUAAAGAUGCUUAUGUUUCGACGUUGGUUAUGAAAUUACAACUUUACGUACAACAAUUUAAUGGAUCCCUUGAAGAGACAAGUCAAUCUGUAUUGUCAAGUUUACCAAGAAUACUUCGGGAUACACAAAUUCUUCAACAGGAAGCUCUAUCACUGAAAGAAAAAAUGGUAUCAGUUAAACAAGAAAUAGCCAAGGUUGAUAAUGACACUUCAUCAUCCAUGAUGGCCUUGGAAAAAAUUGACAAAAUAAAAAUGAGUCUUCAACUGGCUAAACAGAGUCUUCAUGAGGCUGAUAAUUGGAGUGUUUUAGCCAAUGAUAUUGAAGAGCUAUUUGAAACAGAUGAUAUUGAAAAUAUUGCUGUUAAAAUAUGUAGUAUGCAAAAAUCAUUGUCAAUGUUAUCAAAUGCCAUUGAUUAUGAGGAUAAAAAAAUGCAACUUGAUGGAUUUAAAAAUCGUCUUGAGGCUGUUAUUAGUCCAAAAAUUGUUCAUGCAUUUACAGCUAAAAAUUUAGAUUCAUCAAAAUUAUAUGUGACAAUUUUUGAUAAGAUGAAUCGUCUACCUCAGUUGUUGAAAUACUAUCAUAAUUGUUUAAAAGUAUCACUUUGUCAAGAGUGGAGAAAAAUCAUAGAAAUCGCACAAGAUGAAAAUAUAUCCUACUGGCUUCAUGCCUUUUAUGAUAAACUUUUAUCCGAGUGGCAUGAUCAGGUCAAGUGGUCAAACAACGUAUUUCCUGAUGCAUCAAUCAUAACAAUUUUGGAUAUUUAUACAGACUUGUUGCAGAGCCUAGAGCCAAGUAUACCAGAUUGUAUAUCAACAGCAUUAAAACAAUAUUCAACAUCAAUGCAAUUAACAUUUCUCAUUGAAUUAAAACAAAUAACACGUCAUUUUGCUGUUAAUUUAAAUGGCUCAAUAGAUAUGUCAUUUAAAAAAAAGGUAAACAAUGAAAAAAAAUUACUACAACUUGCCAAAGCAAUUUAUCAACCAUAUGUUGUUUAUGUUAAAAAAUAUAACACAUAUGAGACUGAAUAUUUAACACAACAAGUUGAUACAAUUGAUGAUAAUCAUGAUGAUUUAAGUGAUACAAUUAAUUCAUUAUCAAUGAGUAUAUCAAAAAUCAUUGAAUAUGCUAAUGAUGCAUAUAAAAGAUGUAAAUUAUUUACAGAUAAUUGUGCUUAUCAAAAAUUAAUAAUAUCAAUUGAUAUAUUAUUUAAAAAAUAUCUUGAUAAAUAUCGUAGCUGUAUUAAAAAAUUUAAUAAAAUUAAAACAAAACAUGAAGAUUGGAAUUUAUUUCAAAUGUGUUUAACGCUAUUACAAAUAAUUGGUGAUGUAUUAGUUAAAAUUGAAGAAUUUGAAAAAUUUUUAACAACAAAUAUCAUUGAUGAUAUAAAUAAAUUACAAAAAAAUAAUAAUGAAAAUGAUGUAUUUUUAAAAUAUCAAGAAUUAUUAUUAGAUAAUAAUGAUAUAAAAGAAGUUGAUGAUUUUUUAAUGAAUUUAAAAAAAAAUGAUAAAACAUUAUUGGAAGAAAUUAUCAAGCUGAUUCAUUCAAUUUGUGGUGAUUUACAUAGUACAACAUAUGAAGUUAUAUUUUCGCCAAUUUAUACACAAUUAUUGACAAUUAAAAAAGCACCAGCAUGGUCAAAUGAUGAACAUCAACAAACAUAUGCUAUUGAUCUUCCAGAUUAUAGUUUUUCACCACAAGAAUACAUAACACAAGUUGGACAAUAUUUAAUGACAUUGCCACAACAUUUAGAGCCAUUUUUAUUACGUGAUAAUCCAAGUUUAAUGCAUGCAUUAAAAGCAGCUGAUUCACAGUAUACACGUGGCUCAACUGAGUCUGGUUUUACUGAUACAUUAUUGGGAAUUAUUGCAAAAGGUACAUGUCAAAUGUUUCAAGAUCAAACAAUUGGUGGUAUUGAUAAAAUAAAUAACAGUGGAUGUAAACAACUUGCAACUGACAUUGAUUAUUUGGGUAAUGUCUUUGAAGAACUUGGUCUAGCAUUGUCUGAUAAUCUUCAACAAAUGUCAAUGCUAUUGAGAUUAACAAGUGAAGAGUAUCAAACUGGUGCUGCUGGAUGUAAUCCAAGAAUUGUUGCUGCUGUUAGACAAAUGAGAAAUAUUCCAUCAUCUGGCUAAUUAAUUGUUAUUGAUAAUUUAAUUUGUUAUUCAGUAUUUAAAUAUUAUUAUAUUGUUUAUUUAUUUCGAGAAGAAAAUGUCUAAUUUUGAAAGAAAAAAAAAAAAAGGGUGUGAUUUAUAAUUUAAUAAAUUUAUCUGAUAAAAUUGAUGUAAAUUGUUGAAAUUAAUUGUUAUAUAAUUUAUUAAUAAUUAUUUGUUUGUAUUAAAACUUGAAUUACCUUAUCAUACUGUCAAUAAAUAAAUAAUAUUUUAUAAA